AUGCCAUACCCGCGGCCGGUCUCUCCGAUCAGCCUCGAGACUUGCCCCCCACCUGCCUCUGACAUCGAUGACAUAGACCUCGACGGCGUGCUGGGCUCCGACGAUGAGCUGGACGAUGAUGCCCGGGCUGCAAAGCGACAGAGGAUCGAGAGGCUGGCUGAGUCCUACCUGCAGGGCAAACCGCUCUUCAUCCUCUCCGCAUCUCUUCGCGGACCCUUUGACAAGGAUUGGGUGAACCCAUGGAGGAAGAACAGGAAGGUCGGGACAAGCACACGUUCCACAAAGGGGCAGAAUGCAGACCAUGUGGUACAAGAAACAGACUUGCGGCCCCCCAGGCACCGCGAGGACUGGUCGGUUGAGGCACGACUCUCUCGACAGUCUGCUGUCGUACCACCGAGUCCCUCGGCAAAAAGGAGACGCUCUUCAUCGCAUUUGAAACCCGAUCGAAAGACACCUACCACUGCACUACGCAAAGGAGAGAGACAGGUCCAGCUCUCACCCAGAAAAUCGAGACAAGUGUCGGCGGACGACGGCGAUGAACCAUCCUUUGCUGUCCCCACGGCGCCGGACUGGUUAAAGAAGGACCGUCAGCGAACGAACUUUGUGAAGCUUGACCCGCCUAGCUCUCCAACAACCAAGGUUGCUUCGCGGAAGGCAGAGGUCAAGCGUCGUCGGCCAGAAAUGUCUCCAUCUCGCUUGCGAACCCCUAAGGCGGUACCCAUCACCAUGCACCCGCAAAACCAUCUUCCGAUCACAUCAGUACAGUCUACUCGACUCGCUGCAAAUAUUCCCCAGCAACCUUCCGCGUCUGCUAAGGAUGUACCCCAAGAUCCGUCUCUCCGGGUUAUCUCUUCAUCGUCUCAAUUACCUCGAUUUGAGUAUCGUCGAUGGCGCCGCGAAUGCAGUCAAUCAGCCCAGCCAAAGUCCCCUAGCAGGGUUGGUACUGCAGAUGAACUUCUUCACGCCGACUCUAUUCCCGAAGACCGACAUACGACUGCUGCUCCCUAUCACAUAGAAGAGCGUAACAUGUCCCCUGCAGUGCCUAGCAUGGAUGAGGGACCCAAAAGUCUUCGGUUUGCUGAUGACACGGGUGUCUCAAAGGGGAAUGCCGUACAGCCACCAGUCUCAACUGAGGAGAAUUCUUGUGAAAACCUGCCUUCCGCGCAGGAAGUACCAGCACCUCCGGGUGUAUCAGACCGCAUUACUUCGUUGCAUUCGACGAUGGUUCGCAAGGCUGAUGCCGAACAUGACUCGAGUAGCAGUCUCACCCAACUUUCGACGCAAGCCGCUCUACUGCAUGCGCAGAAGUCGUUCCAAGACGACCUGGAGAGCCCGGGUCCCGACGACCAAAUAACACCAGGUCGGAAACGCCCUGCCUCGCGGUCACACAGCAACUCACCUCAUCUCUCCCAUACCGCCCUCUUUGCCGGGAUCGAAGCUUCACACCAAGCCGGGUUGACUCGGACGUCCAACGCUAUUGACAAGGAGAAGGUUCUCGACAUGAGCACACAAUGCAUGAUCGACGCAGCCACUCCUUAUACCUUCAGCACCGUCAAGAAGCUCAGGACGUACCGAGCAGGGUCACCAACAAACCCAACCAGGGCCCCAGCUCCUGCAGCUCCGCCUCCCAAUGACCUCGAGAGUGACUACCAGACUGCGCAAUCCAGUACAGGAGGAGGUAGCCCGCGGUUGACAGGCCAACAGCCGAACCGUCCAUUGGCGCUUCGAUCAGGCACGCAAGCAACCUCAUUACCGUUUACUUUGAGCGGGUCCACGCCUGCCACUGCGCAGGAUGGACAGGGAGCACAUCCUGAGAGCUUCAACUUGGGCCAGGCAAUAGCUGAGGCUGGGAGCUGGCUCCAGCAGAGCUUUGAUUUCAUGAGAGACUCGUCGAGACAACAGCCGAGCCAAGCUGGGAAAGCGCCGUCCUCGGGCGAUGCACAUCCGUCUGCGCUAGAUCUGGAUCUGGCGCAUUAG